AUGUCUUCACUCGUCACCUCUCUCCUCGGGGUUUUGGCCUUGGUCGCCCCGGUCUUUUCCGCCCACGUCAAACGUCCCGGACACCACCCGGGGUCCAUCCCUCUGCCGUCGCGGGAUCUCCAUUUCCUCCCCAUUGGCACUUGGGCUGAGAAUCUCGCCGUUCGGCCCAAUGGCAACGUUCUUAUCUCAACAUCCACCCUCAACGGCACUGUAUGGCAAGUCACGAAGCCUUGGGAGAAAGAACCCAAGACUGAACUUGUAUACAACUUUGAUGAGUGGGUGGACCGUCUGAUCGGUAUCGGCGAGAGUACACCUGACAAGUACAUCGUCGUCGGCUCUCGCUUCUAUGCGCGAACCGAGAUCUCGUCUCAUGUCGGGAGGACGUUUUGCGCCAUGGAGCUGGACUUUACCAAGACUCCAAAUGCCCCAACUGCUCGCGUGGUAGCAUGGAUGCCCGAGGCCAAUCUGCUGCAGGGCGUUGCAGCCUUGCCGUGGGAUCGCUCCAUCGUCCUCAUCUCGGACCAAUACGUGCUUCGCCCACGAGAGGUUCAGGUUGACUGGACACCCAGCCCCGGUCAGAUCUGGCGUCUCGACACCAAGACUGGAGAGUACGAUCUGAUCAUGACCAACUACACUGAGAUGAACACGGUGUACUGGCACGGUAACAAGCCCACCCACGAUGUCGGCAUCAACGGCAUUCGCAUCCAGGGAGAUACCCUGUACUGGGUCAAUGCCGACGACGGUGGUAUCUACAGCAUCAAGCUGAAGAAGGACGGACGGCCACAAACCCCUCACGCGCCAAAGACCGUUUCAAAGACGGACUGGCUGUGGGAUGAUUUCGAUUUCGGCCCCGGCAAAUCGGACUUGAUCUGGGCUACUGCCAACAACUCCAUCGUAGCUGUAUCGCGCAAAAACGGAACUGAUAAGAUCGUUUCCGGGUACGGAACCACGGACAACGAGACUUUCUGGUCACCCACUUCCGCUCAGUUUGGGAGAACCAAGCGAGAUUCUAAUAUUCUCUACGUCACCGGCAACUAUCCUAAUGCAAGCUCUCCGAUUAUUUCCGGUUGGAUCAAGGCUCUGGAUACUACGGGCUUUCACUUUUAA